AUGGAAGGAGGAGCGCCCAACGUGCUGAUUGUGGACAGCACUCUUGAAAGCAGCCGUCAUUGGCAUGAGGGAGAGAACCUGUUGGGUAAAGGGGCAAUAGUUCGCACCAUAGGCUGCGUUGGGCAAGUCUCAGCGCUGGGUCCCGUCAAUGGCUUAAGUGCGCGGGUAGUACAAGUACCGGCAGCCAUUCCCCCAUUUCAACCACGGGCAAACUAUUCAAUGCCUGGGAACCUCGAGCCUAGUCACUUCUACCUGGACUUUGGUCUUGUCCACACCCUAUAUCACAGCGACGCAUGGAUUCGGCCCAAUGUCAGCAAAGGGGGCACUUUCUGCUUCCAGCGCCGGGAUCUGGUUGGCUGCUGGAAGUGCAAGGGGCUUCCGAUGCGGAAGUUUGAGCAGAACAAGCAACGGUGUGAGGGUAAACGGAAAGCAGAGCAAAGAGAGAGGGACGAAAGCUCGAUCCAGCCCAGGAAGCAGCGAGCUCGGACAAGGGUGGAGGAAGAGGACCUGCCGGUUGAUAUGCGGCUUCUCUCACUCCGCAAACUUGCACCAGGAUGCUGGUUGGUUCCUGACUCAUCAAAGAGGGAGCUUACCUACCAGUCUACCUCCGGGAAGCCGCGCAACAUUCCCCGCUUGGUCUACCUCGACAACUGUGGAACGAUACGCUGCAGCCAUUGUUCCGGCCAUCGAAGCGCUGUGCAGUGCGAGCACACACGCUCUGUCACUAAGCACCUGCAGACUCGUCUGAAGCAGGCUGGGUGCACAAACGCCGCGGCUUCCUUUUUGGAUAUCGAGGAGUGCUUCGACGAGUAUUGUACUGAGCUGGAGGUUUUGCGGGUUGUCCAACCUCAAACGGACGGCUGCAUAUACCUGGACAAGCGGAGAAACUUGCAGAAGGAGUCACCCGAUUUUGCUACGUCCUUCCUUGGGCCCAAAAUCGAGUUUGUUUGUGGUGCGGGCGGAGGUCAAAGGGCGGUAUAA